AUGGGAGACAUGGGCGACCCACCGAAAAAAAAACGCCUGAUUUCCCUGUGCGUCGGCUGCGGCAAUCAGAUUCACGAUCAGUACAUUCUGCGGGUCUCUCCGGAUUUGGAAUGGCAUGCGGCGUGCUUGAAAUGCGCAGAGUGCAAUCAGUAUUUGGACGAGAGCUGUACGUGCUUUGUGAGAGAUGGGAAAACCUACUGUAAGAGAGAUUAUAUCAGGUUGUACGGGAUCAAGUGCGCCAAGUGCAGCAUCGGCUUCAGCAAGAACGACUUCGUGAUGCGCGCCCGCGCCAAGGUGUACCACAUCGAGUGCUUCCGCUGCGUGGCCUGCAGCCGCCAGCUCAUCCCCGGCGACGAGUUCGCGCUGCGCGAGGACGGGCUCUUCUGCCGCGCGGACCACGACGUGGUGGAGCGGGCGGGCCUGGGCGCCGGCGCCCCGCUCAGCCCGCUGCACCCCGCGCGCCCGCUGCAGAUGGCAGCGGAGCCCAUCGCGGCGCGGCAGCCGGCGCUGCGGCCCCACGUGCACAAGCAGCCGGAGAAGACGACCCGCGUGCGGACGGUGCUGAACGAGAAGCAGCUGCACACGCUGCGGACCUGCUACGCCGCCAACCCGCGGCCCGACGCGCUCAUGAAGGAGCAGCUGGUGGAGAUGACGGGCCUGAGCCCCCGCGUGAUCCGCGUCUGGUUCCAGAACAAGCGCUGCAAGGACAAGAAGCGCAGCAUCAUGAUGAAGCAGCUGCAGCAGCAGCAGCCCAACGACAAGACGAACAUCCAGGGGAUGACCGGGACCCCCAUGGUGGCCGCCAGUCCCGAGAGGCACGACGGCGGCCUGCAGGCCAACCCGGUGGAGGUGCAGAGCUACCAGCCCCCGUGGAAGGUGCUGAGCGACUUCGCCUUGCAGAGUGACAUAGACCAGCCCGCCUUCCAGCAACUGGUCAAUUUCUCCGAGGGAGGCCCGGGCUCGAACUCCACAGGCAGUGAAGUGGCCUCCAUGUCCUCGCAGCUCCCCGACACCCCCAACAGCAUGGUGGCCAGCCCCAUCGAGGCCUGA